CCCGCAACGUCAGGGUGACGUAGUUCCUCUAAGUGUCGGCUCCGGGGAGAACAACACCUAAAGGACCCCAGCCCCAAACAAAAACACCGAAUACUCUGCGUCUUUACCGACUGUUACCACCCGCGACGUAUUCUCUGUGACACCGAACCACGCACACACAGAAUGCCCCAGAACGAGCACAUUGAGUUACACCGCAAGCGGCAUGGCCAGCGCUUGGACCACCAUGAAAGGAAAAGGAAGAAGGAGAGCCGUGAGGUUCAUGAGCGGUCCCACAAAGCCAAGAAGUUGAUCGGUCUGAAGGCCAAACUGUACCACAAACAGAGACAUGCAGAGAAGAUCCAGAUGAAGAAGACGCUCAAAAUGCAUGAACAGAGGAAGACCAAGCAGAAGAACGAUGAUAAGACCCCAGAGGGAGCUGUGCCAGCCUACCUGUUGGACAGAGAGGGACAGUCUAGAGCCAAGGUCCUCUCCAACAUGAUCAAACAGAAGAGGAAAGAGAAGGCUGGCAAAUGGGAGGUGCCCCUGCCAAAGGUGCGUGCCCAGGGAGAAACAGAGGUGCUUAAAGUCAUCAAAACUGGAAAGAGGCAAAAGAAGGCCUGGAAGAGAAUGGUCACCAAAGUUUGCUUUGUCGGUGACGGCUUCACCCGCAAACCGCCAAAAUACGAGCGUUUCAUCAGACCCAUGGGUUUGCGUUUUAAGAAAGCUCAUGUGACACAUCCAGAGCUGAAAGCAACAUUCUGCCUCCCCAUCCUCGGAGUGAAGAAGAACCCCUCCUCACCUCUCUACACCUCUCUGGGGGUCAUCACAAAAGGAACAGUCGUAGAGGUCAAUGUCAGCGAGCUGGGUUUGGUUACACAAGGAGGAAAAGUUAUCUGGGGUAAAUAUGCCCAGGUGACAAAUAACCCAGAGAACGACGGCUGCAUUAAUGCAGUUCUGCUGGUUUAAGACUCUUGACCUUUUUUAUACAGACUGUGCCUGGUUACCCUGAAUUUACACGAAAUGUGUUGACUACAACAAAGAACACGAAGAUACAACAUGCAGUGGGCUUCCAAUCACAGGACCACCAGGAAGACCGCUGAUGCUGCACUUGGCAACGUAACUGUUGUUGUAACAGAUGGACGCUCGAAAGAAAAGAAAGUGGGUUGAUUACUGUGUUAAAUGUGACACAAAUAAAGAAAUAAGAAAAUAA